AACUCUUCCCUUUUUUGCAUGCGCAUGCCCGUCUUUCCCUGCGUUCUCCCUCCUUCUCUUGUUUCCCUUUCUCUCCUUCAUUUUAUCUUCGAUUCUUCCCUUCCGUUGCAGAAAUUCAGGCAAACGCAGCACAAAACUCUCCGAAGGAUCCUCUUACCCGACGUUGUCAUCCUGGAGAUCUCACAGACCAAUCAUAUCCAUCCACAUCAUCACUGCAACAAAUGACAUCCCCCGCCACUACCCCUGCAACAACCACCACCAUUAAAGCCGAACACAAUAGGUACGCUUCUGUCGCCACGUGUCCCGUCGAAUUCUUUCUCGACCUAUGACAGUUACGAUCGGAUUCCCUUUUUCCCCUCCCUUGUUUUUAGUGAAAAUAUUUUGACCUUUUUUAUUCCCCUUUUUAACCCGUGAUUAUUGAUUUGGAUUUGAUAAUGCAAAAUGCGAUUUAAUUAUUUUGCAAAAAUCGAGGGAAAAUAUGAGCACAUGGUGUUUUCUACUGCAACUCGGCAAUCUUCGGGUGCCGAUUUCAGGGAUUUAUAUGGAUUUUCUGUGAGACCUCAGCUUGUACAAAGAUACCUAGAAUAUGCUAAUAUCUACAAGGAAGAAGAGGAGGAAAGAUCAUGUAGGUGGAAUGAUUUCUUGGAACGUCAAGCAGAGUCUGCUGGACUGCCUAUCAACGACAAUUCCUUGGAGGAAGGAAAGCAGGUCUCACACAUUGACGUUCCAGAGGAUGGGAACAGUGAAUCACAAAAGGGAGACAGAGACAAUUUACACAAAAAUAAGUCUGGUUCUGAUAGUCUAUCCGAGGAUGAUGAUACAGAAAAAGAGAAGGUGCUGUAUACACCUGAGAAAAGAGAUCACCGGACCAAAAUAUGGACUGAAAUUAGACCAUCCCUUUGGGCCAUUGAAGAUAUGAUGAGUGAUCGUGUAAAUAAGAAAGGUAGUUUAUCAAAAGAAGAGCAAGAAACCGGUCAAGCAAAACCAUUAUCUCCUGUAGAAGAUGCUAGAGUUACAAGAGGAGCAUCAGAGGAGGAUUCUGAGGAUGAAUUUUAUGAUGCUGACCAUCAUCAGGAUGCCCCUUCAAUUGACAGCAUAGACCCCAUAAGAGGCGCUGCUCCAAGUGCAGCUUCUACAAAAUCUUUGCAUCCCUGGAAAGAAGAGUUGGAAGUUCUCGUUCGUGGUGGAGUACCGAUGACUCUUAGGGGAGAGAUUUGGCAAGCCUUUGUUGGUGUAAGGACACGCCGAGUAGAGAACUACUACCAGGAUCUGCUUGCUAAUGAAACUAGCGCUGCCAAUAACACCAAUCAAGAGAGCUUCCAGUCAGAUAGUAAGGGUUUAACCACCAAGUCCAUAUGUGGGCAUGAGAAAUGGAAGGAGCAGAUUGAGAAGGAUUUGCCGCGAACAUUCCCUGGUCAUCCCGCUCUGGAUGGUGAUGGUAGAAAUGCUUUGAGACGACGGUUACUUACAGCCUAUGCUCGACAUAACCCCUCGGUGGGAUACUGCCAGGCCAUGAAUUUCUUUGCUGCCUUGUUACUCCUUUUGAUGCCUGAAGAAAAUGCAUUCUGGACUUUGAUGGGAAUUAUUGAUGAGUAUUUUGAUGGCUAUUUCUCAGAGGAAAUGAUUGAGUCUCAGGUUGACCAACUUGUUUUUGAGGAGUUGGUGCUUGAGAGAUUUCCAAAAUUUGUCAAUCAUCUAGAUCACCUGGGAGUUCAAGUGGCUUGGGUUACUGCACCGUGGUUCCUUUCCAUUUUUAUGAACAUGCUUCCAUGGGAAAGUGUGCUUCGAAUCUGGGAUGUGUUCUUGUUUGAAGGAAAUCGUGUUAUGCUUUUUAGGACAGCACUUGCUCUUAUAGAGUUUUAUGGCCCUGCACUACUUACAACUAAGGAUGCGGGAGAUGCAGUUACUUUGCUACAAUCAUUGGUUAGCUCAACAUUUGACAGUAGUCAACUCGUAUUGACAGCUUGUAUGGGUUACCAAAAUGUAAAUGAACAAGCAUUAUGUGAGUUAAGAGAGAAGCAUCGGUCAUAUGUAAAAGCUGCAGUUGAUGAAAGAAUAAGGGGGCUUCAAAUUUGGAAGAAAUCUCAGGGCCUGGCAUCUAAGUUAUAUGGUUUUAAGCAUGAUCCUAACUUGCUGCUUACAGAAACAAAUAACACAACUGGUGAUUAAAAAACUAAUGAGAAUUUCUCUCGUACAGAUUCUGAUUCAAUUAAUGUGGAUGAAGUUCUUAGUAGUUCGGCAGGAGAUGCUAAGCCGAAUCCUGUUCCAGAUCUUCAACAGCAGGCUGUAGGAUUAAAGGCUCGGUUGUGCAGGUUGCUGGAAGAGAAAAGUUCAGCUGUCUUCAGGUCUGAGGCGCUGGAGACGGCAUUGAUGGAGAUGGUUAAGCAGGACAACCGACGCCAAUUAAGUGCUAGGGUGGAGCAACUAGAGCAAGAAGUUGACGAGCUUCGUGAGGCACUCUCUCAGAAGCUUGAACAAGAAAAUGGAAUGCUUCAGGUUUUAAUGCGUGUGGAGCAAGAUCAAAAGGAAACAGAAGAUGCUCGCAUGUUCGCUGAACAAGAUGCAGCUGGACAAAGAUAUUCUGUUGAAGUGCUUCAGGAAAAAUAUGAAGAGGCCAUUACUAAACUUGAUGAAAUGGAGAAAAGAGUGGUACUGGCAGAAUCAAUGUUAGAGGCUACCUUACAGUUCCAGUCUAGGAAAAGUAAAAAUCAACCUUCUCUUUCUCCACGAUCAUCUCGGCCAGAUUCACCACUGCGCAAGAAGCUAGAGAUAUCCGCCAGCAAGAUCAAUCUACUUGCUCGACCAUUUGUAGCCAACUUGCGUGACAUGAUCAAGGGAAAGAUCAGUAACUCUGAUGGGAAGUCCUCUAGUGAGGAUCAGAAUAUCGAAGCCCAGAAGAAAGACACAGGCUACAGAAAAUAACUGCACUGAUCCCAAUGCACAUGACACCGAAGUUCAAGGUAAGGAGUGAAACGAUUGCCAGUUUGUCAUGUAAAUAACUAACUGCAUAUGUAUCCUUCAUUUGCUGCCUUCACUUCAAUUCUUACAUUCAUUGAUCUCUUGUAUAUAAUUUUUCUUCUACACCGUCAUUUGUCUCUUGUAAAUAACCUGGGACCGGAGAUGAUUGUAAAUCUGAAAAUAUAUAAACCCAUUUUUCCCUUGACUCAAAUCAUAAG